AUGGUCUUUGGUGAUGUUGUCUUGUCAUUAUUUAUUAUUAUUUUCUUUCACUUUCUUUCUCUGCACUUCCUUCAAGUGUUGUUUGUUUGUUGCAUCCCACGCGCUGUUCCUCUCGGACAAGGCGAUACACACGCAAGGCAGGAAAAAGGAACCAACAUUGGGCGCCCGCACGUCCAUUUACUGGUGAUUGUGGUGGUGAGACUCGAAAUACGGCUGAGCACACCACAAAUGUCAUCAACGGGGGUGAAGACCGCCACGGAAUCCGUUGCAAUGGAGCCCGAAGGCCUAGACGAACUCAUUGAGGUGCUCCAUACUAACUAUCUAAAGUGCGUGAAGCCUGUGGAGGAUAUGUACAAGUACGACUUAUUUCGCCCCAGCUGGUUUGAGGAGACAAUUCUCAAUCAAAAACCCUUUGUUACUUUCUUUGGUCCAUGGUCUUCCGGCAAGAGUACAUUUAUCAAUCAUCUGCUGCAAGACAACUAUCUUUGGACAGGACCACAACCGACGACCGCCGAGUUUACUGUUGUGCUCUACGGUGAGGAAGUAGGUCCCGUGAGUGGACAUGUACUUGCUAGCGCCAAGAAUCUUCCAUUUAAAGGGUUAACAGAAUUUGGGGAAUCUUUUUUGGGGAAGUUUCAGGGGUAUCGAGUUCCACACGAACUGUUAAAGCGUGUUACAUUAAUUGAUACACCGGGUAUUUUGGAGAGUGUGAAGGACAUUCGAGAACGCCAGUUUGACUAUGUGAAGGUAAGCCGUUGGUUUGCGGAGCGCAGUGAUCUCAUUUUUAUACUGUUUGAUCCGUCAAAAUUGGAUGCCGGGAUUGAGCUUAAAAUGAUGUUUAAGCACGCAUUCCGUGGAAUGGAAGGGAAGGUGCGCAUUGUUCUCAACAAGGCCGAUAGCAUCAACACUCAAGAGUUAAUGCGCGUUUAUGGUAGUAUAUUUUGGAACCUGUCAAACCUUAUUAAUUGUACCGAGCCACCGCGGGUGUACGUUGGGAGCUUUUGGGAUCAACCGUACAAGAAAGGUGCCUUCACGCUGCUAUUCACGGAGGAGAAAACCGAUCUGUUGCACGAAAUUGUGGAUGUGGUGCCGCAGCAGGCACGUGACAAGAAAGUGGCUAGUCUCAUACGUCGCGCGAAGGAGGUAAUGGUGCAUGCUCUUAUCGUGGGUGGAAUGCGCUCAGAUCUGCCGCUUUUAUUUGGGAAAGAGAAGGCAAAACGCAAGGCGAUUGACAACCUGCAGAAGACCUACGAGAUCAUGGCGGCCAAAUAUAAAAUGAACUGGAAGGACUUUCCUCCCGUUGAGGAAUAUCGCACCUUUUUGGAGAAGUUUGACCUGGAAAAAUUUCCCGAAAUUGAGAAGGCGGAAAAAGAUGGCAAAAUCGGUGCCCUGCAGAAGUGCAUUGAGACAACUCUCCCCAGUAUGCUGCGUCCCGUAAAGAGCACCACUGCUGCUGAUCCACGGGAUAAGGUACAACGGGAGAAACUGCAGCAAAUGUACCUCAAAUCCAUCCGUUCACAGUACGAGGGAAAGGUCGGGAAACAAGGAAGCAGUGAUGUGGUGCAGCCCUCCCAUCGAGAGAGCGCCGUAACAUCGUCUGGAGGAGAAGGGGGGAACGCGAGCGCCGCACCUCAACAAACAACGGGUCCCAUGACGGUCACAAACAGUAGUUCAAUGCCUGAUCAGGCGCAGAUGUUCAUGGGGAUGAUGAUGCAAAUGAUGCAACAACAACAACAACAACAACAACAACAGCAGCAGCAACAGCAACAACAACGACAGCAGGAACAACGUCAUUUUGUUGUUGAGCCUGUGGACGAAGACAACGUGGAUUGA